CAGAGCCAGCCUAUGAGUUAUCUCGAAACUGAUUAUGUCGCUUAUUCUUUUAUUACUCUCAUUAUGAGCAGAGUAAGCUGAGAACUUUGCUUGCUGGCUACUUGAAUCUGUGUUGUUCUGGCAAUUUAUUUGGCCAACUUCAUGUCGCCCAUGGGAUUAUCAACUAUUUACAAUUUUAGUACCAGCAUUUGUCUUGGCAGCCCACAAGAUUAAAUUGCAUUUCUGCAAAAUUAUGACAAAUCCAAGGGCAUAGAAGUACUCUCAACUCUGCACCCUGUGAAUCUAAUCUUGUUCACUUCCCCCUGUUAGCUUCUUCCACUUGCAAACAACAGUGGAUUCUAACAUACCUCACAGCCUCAAACUCCCAUCAACCUGCUUCUCUCUCCACAAUGUUACCCUCAUCGUCACCACCAAAGCCACCAUUUUUCCUCUCUCUCUCCCUCCUCUUCCUCCUCCUCUCCUCCUCCACUAAAGCCGCCAGCAAAACCAACACCACCACUACCACUGUUGUCUCACCCACUCCUUCCCCUAUCUCCUCUCCCACUCCACGUUCCACCACUUCUUCUCCUACCUCCGCCCCCACUACUCCCUCUCCUUCUACCCACUCCACUUUAGACCCUAAACAACUCAGAGCACUGCAAACUCUAGACAUUCCCACUUCCAAGGAUCCUUGCAUUCAGCCCUCUCCUCACAACUCCACCAUCUGUGACUCUGCCUCUCCCUUCCGCCACCUCGUUUCUCUCCGCCUCUCCAACUGCUCCUCUGACGUUUCUUUCUCCUACACUGCCUUAAAAUCGCUUUCCACUCUGCAAUCUCUCACCUUCACUAACUGUCCCAUCACCCCCAUUCGCUUCCCUUCAGAUCUUGCCUUAUCUCUUCACUCCUUUACGUGCAUUAACUCUCUCAAACGACUCACUGGUGUCUGGCUCUCUCACUUUGUCAAUCUUACCGAUCUUACAGUGAGUAAUGUGCCAGUCAAUGCGAGCGGUCUUUAUGUGAUUCUUGGCAAUAUGGACGAGCUUAAGUCUCUUUCUAUCUCUAAUGCUAAUGUCACUGGCUCCAUACCAAAACAUCUGCCUUUCAAUCUUACCCAUGUGGAUUUUUCGGGUAAUAAGCUCAAAGGAAGGAUACCCAGUUCUAUUUCAAUCCUGGAAAAUCUCGAAACGCUCAAUCUUUUCUCUAAUGCUCUAACUGGGGAAAUGCCCACUAAUUUUGGUGACUUGAUUUCAUUGAAGAAUGUGUCUUUGGGGUCUAAUUCGUUAUCUGGGUCGAUUCCAGAUUCUUUGUCAGCAAUUCCAGGUCUGGUUCAUGUUGAUCUAAGUUCAAACCAGUUCAAUGGGACAAUACCAAGAUUUUUCUCAGAAAUGAAGCAUUUGAGGUACUUGAAUCUUGCGAACAAUGAGUUUCAUGGUGUUUUGCCUUUCAACCUUACCUUUUUGAAGAGAUUGGAAGCGUUCAAAGUUGGUGGGAAUAGCAAUUUGUGUUAUAAUCAUACAAUUUUGUCAUCAAAAUUGAAGCUCGGGAUUGCUCCUUGUGAUAAGCAUGGAUUGCCAAUGUCACCACCACCAGCUAAAGAUUCAUCAGGAGGUGACAGUGAAGGUGAUUCAUCAGAUUAUGAUGAUAGUUCGAAGGACGAUUCAAGCAAUAAGGGAGGGAACCAUCAUGGGCCUAAUAAGGUUGUUCUUGGAGUGGCAAUUGCGCUAUCUUCUAUAGUCUUCCUCAUUGUUUUCCUUAUUCUUCUAUCAAAAAGGUGUGGUUGAUUGGAAGGGAAAAUUUUCUUCUUCAAGAGUUUAGACUAGGGAAAUUUGCUAAUCAGAAACCAAUUUUAUUGCUUAAUUUAUACAAUUGAUUAUGGAGAGGAGUGGCUGUAGAGGAGAAAUGAAAAAUAAAGAAGAAACAGAAAGAGUAGAGGGAGGAAUAAUUAUAUUGGUGUGUUAUCUUUUUUGCUGCUUUAUUAUUAUUAUUAUUAUUAUUUUGUCUUCUGCUUUAGUAAGUUGGAUGGAGAGAAUAGCAGUGGUUGCUUUUGUUUUCUUACCACCUCGCGGUGGAAUAUUGAAUGUUUUUGAGGGAAAAGCAGGUUAAUAUUGAUGAUGUUGUAUCACGAAUUAUGUACUUCUCUUGAGCUAUACAAAUAUUAAUUGAUCACACUUUUAUAAA